GCUCCUCCUCCUGACGAUAAUAAUGAUAGCAAUAAUGAUUAUGACUGCGGUGGUGUUUUCAAUUUCAAUUUCGAAAACGGUGCGGUGAUGACGAGACGACGAUGGUGGGGUUCUUUCAAUUUCAACAUCAAGAGGAAGAGCAGAAAAGAAGAAGAAGAAGAAGAAGAAGAAGAAGAAGAAAGAAAGAAAGAGAAGGAGGAGGAGAAGGAGGCGGAGGAGGAGGAAAAGGAGGAGAAGAGGGAGGCGGAGAAGAAGAAGAAGAAGACGAUGAUGACGAAGAAGAAGAAGAAGAAGAAGAGGAGGAAGAAGAAGAAGAAGGAGAAGAAGAAUCGACACCCUAGAAAGUCGAGGAUGGAAGGUUCGAUAAGCACCAAGGAAAGAGAACUCAAGUUUAGGCAAGAUGACGACGCCGAUGAUGAUGAUUAUGAUAGUGACGAUGGUCUUUGUGCACUUAUGAUGAUGCUUCAUGAUUAUGCCACUCGAAAUUUGACGCCUAUGGGGCUUGCGGAGGACCACAUGCCUACUCAUGCCAACAUCCCGAGAGUGGCUACGCCGUACAGCGGGUACCCAGCAGGAACAGAGUUGCUGUAUGACGUGGGCAAGCUGUACAAGAAAGCUCUUGGGAAAGUUUUUGAGGAAGAGGAGUGGGGACCACUAGAAUGGACCAUCAUGGCUAAACAUUAUCAGCGGCAAGGACAAGCAAGUUACGCUCAUCAUGCGGCUUAUCUGGCGCAUUUAUCAUCGAGCGCCUCUGUUGCAGCUGCUGCAGCAGCAAAUGCAUAUCCUCCUGCAGUUGGUGCCUUAUCUGCCGCAGCAGCAGCAUAUGCAUCUCCUGCUGCUGCAGGUGCCUUAUCUGCUGCUGGAGCAGGUGGUACAGCAUCUGUUGCAUCUGCAGGACCUGCAGCUGCUGAAUCUGCAGCAGCAGCAAGUGCUGCAUCUGCUGCAGCAGAUGCUACACAUGCAGCACAUGCUGGAACUGCUGCAGCUGCUGCAUCUGCUGCACCAGAUGCUGCAGAUGUCGCAGAUGCAGCAGCCACUGCACGUGUAGCAUUUGUUGCAGCAGAUGGUGCAGAUGCGGCACAUGCAGCAGCUGCUGCACCUAUUGCAGCAAUUGCUGCAUUUGCCGCAGCAGGGGUGUUGCAUGUGUCGCAGAUUCUGCACCUGCUGCAGCAGCGAAACGUCCAUCACAACCCCCCUUGACCCCCCUGGCCCCAACCUAUUUCCCCAUCCUUUUUUUUUCUCGUCCAAAUGACCUAAAAUAUUUUUAAUGGGGUGUCCUCAGGUUGUCCUCAGCACUUGACAAGCUGCCUCUACCUGAUAAAACUGCCCCGAACAG